AUGGAGAAGAAGAAAUCAUCUUCGAAAUCGCCUAAAUUAAGAGCAAUUGAUAGUACCAAAGAUACUGACAACACCGAGUUGGGAACGAAAGAACGUUACGGAUGCUUUAAUAUUCACCCGGAUUGGUUACAGGUUUUUAAUAAUCGCAAGUGGCUAGCAUUUUUGAUAGGCGUUUGUCAACUUUUAUUUAGUACAGUCACAUCAGGUUACGAAUCUAGCAUCGUAUCAACUUUACAGAGAGGAUUUGGACUAAGUAGUACUGACAUUGGUGGCAUAUCUGUGUGUUUUAGUGUUGCACAAUCUACUUUAGGCGUUAUUUUAUCGCAUAAAGCAGCUAAUUCUCAUAAGGGAAGAUGGGUAGGCAUAACUGCAAUUAUUGCUGCAAUCGGAUGCUUUAUAUACGCAUUACCACAUUUUGUAACAAAAUCUUACGGUAUACUGAGUUCUUACCAAAAUGGUAACCAAAGUUAUGGAAUUUGCUCUUCGACUAGCAAACCGUCUCCACUUACUGAUCAGGAACAGGCAUCGCAAAAGGGUCUUUACAUAUUUCUUUUUUGUCUUGGCCAAUUUGUUAUUGGCGCUGGUACAUCUAUUUUAAGAUCAAUCGGCUGGUCAUACUUAGAUGAAAACGUUAGUCCCUCGGUAUCUGCUUUAUAUACUGGCAUUAACUUGUCGUUACUAGGUCUUGGAAUUGCAUUAGGUUUUGUAUUUGGUGGCACUGCAUUAGAUUUAUACGUGUAUUGGCCUGCUGAAGUUUCUGGUAAGUGUCACCUAACAAUAGAUAAUCCAAAUUGGAUUGGUGCUUGGUGGUUAGGUUAUAUUGUAAUAGCAGCGAUCAUAAUCUUGAUGGCUUUCCCAAUUUUAGCUCUGCCACGCCAUUUACCGAAUUAUGAGUAUUAUAAAAUGAAACGUGCGCAGCAAGCCGAAGGCAAAUCAAAAAUUGAUCGUUAUAAAAGUAAAACUUUAAAAGAUUUAAUCCCAUCCUUGAAGGAUUUAUUGCUUAACAUGCCCUUUAUGUGCACUGUCUUAAAUUUGGUGGGCAACUUGAUUGUGCUAGCGGGCGUUGGAGUCUUUUUUCCUAAGUAUAUAGAAUCUCAGUAUGGAGUACUAGCUUCAUCUGCCAGCAUGUAUACUGGAAUAAUGAUUGUUGUAGGAAUGCUAGUUGGUAUUGUUUUGGGAGGAGGAUACAUGAAGUACAAGAAAUUGAAAGUUUUAGGCUUGGCCAAGUUUGCAGCCAUUUCUACUACAUUAAGUACAGUUACGGUAGCAGCGUUUCUUAUUGCAGUAUGUCCGAGAACUUUGAUAGCUGGAGUCAAUAUUCCAUAUCAUAACGAAAUUGCAGUAUCACAGACACAUAAUUUAUCAGAUAAUUGUAAUUCUGGAUGUUAUUGUGAUUCCGAAACUUUCAAGCCUGUUUGCGAUCUCUCGACUGGAAUCACGUAUUUUUCACCUUGUUAUGCUGGAUGUACCUCUAAAGGAAUAGAUUUUAAUAACGGACAGCAGGUAUUUGGUAAUUGCAGCUGUUUAAGCACUAAUACGAAUGCCAUGAGAAAUCAUACUCAGUCUUUGGAUGUAGUUUUGAAUUAUUGUCCAAAAGAAUGCAAUGCUCUCAUUCCUUUUAUUAUCAUGGGAAUAAUAUUUGCAUUUUUGGUUUAUUGCAGUCUCAUACCUUCAUAUCAAGUUAUCUUGAGGUGCGUUCCGGAGAGUCAGCGACCAUUAGCUCUCGCUGUUCAAUGGGUAUUUAUCCAGUGUUUAGCGAAUAUUCCAGGUCCAAUUUUACUCGGAACUUUCAUCGAUGGUGCAUGCUCUCUGUGGGAAGUUCAAAACGGAGAGAGAGCUUUCUGUUGGAUAUACGACAAUCAGUUACUCGCAUAUGGAUUAGCUGGUGUUAUAUUAGCUAUGAGGAUAUUUUCUGCAAUUUUUUCGAUAUUAGCAUGGUAUUUUUUAAAACGUGAUAUCAAAAAAUACUCUGGAAUAGAGAAGGAAAACAUCAAAGAUGAUCAUGAAGCGGAUGAAAAGGAGCCGGAAAAUAAUAUUAUUAAGCCAUCUAGUUCAAAUCAAAAUAUGGUUGAAACAACAUCUAAGUUGAACGGAUUCACUGAAACUUUAGUAUAA